AAAGAUUUGGUGUGAGAGGAAAGAAAGUAGAGAGAAAGAAGAAGGCCUGUAACAGAGAAAGGAUAGCAAUGGAGUCAGAGCAAAGGAAAGCAGAAACAGAGAUGCUCCUUCUUCCCCAUUCUUCAUCUCCUCUCCAACCCAACAACAAUGCUACAAACCCAAACCCAAACCCAAAGCCAAGGCCAAAGCGUUUCGUAAAAAAUCAAAUUCCAGAUUCAAUCCUCAACGAUCCGCUUCUCAACGCCGCCAUCUCCGUCCUCCCCUCCAACUACAACUUCGAGAUUCACAAGUCCGUUUGGCGCGUGCUCUCCUCGGGCGCCAAGCGCGUCGCCCUCCAGUUUCCCGAGGGCCUCCUUAUGUACUCUCUUUCCCUCUCUGACAUCUUCACCACCUUUGCCGCCGUCACCCAUUGCUACAUCCUCGGCGACGUAACCUACGGCGCCUGCUGCGUUGACGACUUCUCCGCCGCUGCCCUCGGUGCCGACCUCCUUAUCCACUACGGACACAGCUGCCUCGUCCCCAUCGACGCCACUACGAUCCCCUGCCUCUACGUUUUCGUCGACAUCAAAAUCGACGUCCCCCACUUUGUCGACACCGUCAGGUUGAACCUCGAAUCCCAUCCCCAAACACUCGUUGUCGCUGGGACAAUUCAAUUCGCCUCAGCGAUUCGCGCUGCGAAGCCCCAAUUGGAGGAGUUAGGGUUUAGGGUUUUAGUUCCUCAGUCGAAGCCGCUCUCCGCGGGUGAGGUUCUGGGUUGCACCGCGCCCAGGGUCUCGGCGAAUUCGCUUGGUUGUGGCGUUGGUGAAAGCGUUUUGGUGUUUGUGGCAGAUGGAAGGUUUCAUUUGGAGGCGUUCAUGAUUGCGAAUCCGGGGAUUAGGGCAUUCAGGUAUGACCCUUACAUGGGGAAGUUGUUUCUGGAGGAAUACGAUCACGUGGGUAUGAAGCGGUCAAGGAAAAAUGCGAUUUUGAAAGCGAGGGAGGCUCGGAGUUGGGGUGUGGUUUUGGGGACUCUUGGAAGACAAGGGAAUCCGAGGAUUUUGGAGAGGUUGGAGAAGAAGAUGAAGGAGAGAGAAUUGGAUUACACUGUGGUUUUGAUGUCGGAGUUAAGUCCUGGGAGAGUUGCUCUGUUUGAGGAUUCUGUGGACGCCUGGAUUCAAAUUGCGUGUCCGAGGUUGUCCAUCGACUGGGGUGAGGCGUUUGUGAAACCGGUGCUUACUUCUUUUGAAGCAGAGGUUGCUCUGGGAGUGAUACCUGGGUGGUGGGAGAAGAAUGAGGUUUGUGAAGACGGUGUGGGUUGUUGUAAGAGGAGUGAUUCUUGCUGUGAGGGGGAUGCAAAGGGAGGGGAAGAUUUUGGUGGAGAUUAUCCAAUGGAUUACUAUGCUCAAGAUGGUGGUGAGUGGAAUUCAUCUUAUGUGAAGAAGUCUACUCGUCCUGCCAGGAGAGUUUCCGUCUCCUCUGAUGCCGGUACAGCUAUUUCGCAACAGUCUUAGAUUUCGCAACAGUCCAAGGUUUUUAAAACACAGUUAGGACUGUGAGUACGUCAAGGUUUCUGCAGUUUUUUUGACACCACAAAGCAACCACAACUACGGCGGCAUUGACUGUGUUUGAUCAUAUUUUCUUGAUGUGUCAAAGAUGCAGCAACAACCACAAUUUAGAAAUUUGGUUAUAACAAUUUGCUUUGAAAGGGUAGCGUCAAUAUGAUCUAUUGUUUUCUUUUCUUUUUAGCUUUGUCUUAUUUAGGAUAAAUUUUGAUGGAUGAAUGUUUGGGGGAGGAGAAGAAAACAUGCUGCUGUUCUUUGUUCUGAUAUGAGACUGAAGAGGAUAGAAUGUGAUAAGCGCAGAGUCUUAAAUUGCCUGGUUGGGAAAGUUGUGAUGUUUCAUUUUUUGAACGUUUUUGCUGUUAGGUAUUUGUGAUUGAGAACGUAAUAGGAGUACCCAGGGAGGUGAAAGUAUGGUUUUUGUUUUAGGUGAUUAUUUUGUACAUAGCAAAUCAUACUAACAGAGACAAUGGCGUAUAUUUAUGCUUGAGUGAUUUGAAAUGGCAUAUUAAUUUUAGCCUUCUAA